AUGUCGUCACAUUCUACCAAAACUGAUUUAUCGUCAAUUAAUUUGGUACAGCACCGGCGUGGUCCUAAAUCAUUAUUGAAACCUAUUGAACAAGUUAUAGAGCUAAUCAAUCAACAGAUGGUAAUGGGUAUAAUUCGUGAGUGUUUGAAAGAUGAGUCUCUCAAGAACGAUAUUAAUGAAAUUGUUAUACAAAACAAUGGUAGUGUGGAUAAAUCAUCUGAAUCGCUUGGUCAGUUGUUACUUAAACCCAUUUUGGACACAGUUAAUGAUCAACUACACACUAUAAAUAUACAGCUUCAGAAACAACAGCAAGAUCAACGUAACAUUGAAGCUAAAUUAGAUGAUAUUGAGAGAAGGUCCCGAUCAUAUAACCUCAGAUUCUAUGGUAUUAAAGAAGAUGAACAUAUCAAAAAACAGAUUGUUAAUAUUGCGUCUUUGUUGAACAUUUCUCUAAGUGUCUAUGACAUUGAAGCUGCUCAUCGUCUUGGACCUAGGCAAAGUGGGAUGCACCGCGGUGUGAUAGCUCGUUUCUAUUCGCGUGAAGUACGAUAUGCUUUACUAGCAUCAAGAAAACUUAUAAAACAACCAAAUGGUCGAAAAUUUUAUAUCCUUGAAGACUGUACAAGCAAGACAGUCAGUCUAUACAAUUCUGUUCGUGCAAAGUUAGAUGACAAUUGUAAGCACCAUGUUUACAUACGUAAUGGACAUGUGUUAUAUAAAACAAAGAAAGAAGAUAAACCAACAUUAAUUUCCACAGCAGAGGAUAUUGAUACCAUUUUUCAUACAAUUUUAUCUGAUCAUAGCGAUAGUAUAAUAUUAAAUUAUACUCAGCCAACAGGUUAG